AUAUGCGAGAACGAUUCUAUUUCUCCCUUCGUUUCUUUGCCUUCUCUCUCCAAAACUCCCUAUUUGUGUCUGAAAUCUAAAAAUAAAAAUUUCCCUCCUCGGAGGAGUCGUUGCGAGCCCUAGCUUCUUCUCAGCGACCUCUGAAACAGAACUUGGACCCUUCUUUUCUCAGGUAAGAAUGCAAAGGUAUAGAAAUAAAGAAGAAAGGGCGCCCAAAGGUUAAUCCAAAGCAUACCAAUAGUGUACAAGAGGCGCCUAAAGGCAAAGACAAAAAAGAAGAGGGGAUACAAAAAACUCAUCCACCUUCAUCUACGACUGAUCAGGAACCUUGUUGUGAUUAUUGAGGAUCUAUGUUUUUCUUUCCUUCUCACAUAAGUGGGCUGCUUAGGAAACCUUAGAUAUUGUUUUAUUGGGUUACCUAUUCAAUCAACACGACUUAUGUAAGAGAUGGACGAAGAACAUGAGGAAGUGGAAGAUGUCGAGAGUAGUUCUAGUGAUUCUUUCAUUGAUGAUUUAGACAACAAUGAAUCAAUGACAUCUGGUCAAGAUGAUGGAUUGCAUCUUGAGGUCACUUUGACUGAGGAAGAAAUAGAAGAGUUAAUUGCUGAAUUCUUGGAUGUUGAGAGUAAGGCUGCAGAGGCCCAAGAAUCACUUGAAGAGGAAUCACUUUCCAAAUUGGAGAUUGAAGUUAGAGAAGAGUUGGCACAAACCCUUCAAGGGAAUGAUUUGGAAACGGCUGUUGCAGAGGAAAUGGCAAAUUUUAAGGAAGAGUGGGAAGCUGUGCUUGAUGAACUUGAGACUGAGAGUGCUCACUUGUUGGAACAACUUGAUGGGGCUGGUAUUGAAUUACCAAGUCUCUAUAAGUGGAUUGAAAGUCAGGCUCCUAAUGGUUGUUGCACUGAAGCUUGGAAACAAAGGGUACAUUGGAUAGGAUCUCAGGUGACUGGUGAUACUACUGAAUCAAUCAUAGAAGCUGAAAAGCAUCUCCAAACUGACAGGCCGGUGCGAAGACGACAUGGAAAACUAUUGGAGGAGGGUGCCAGUGGAUAUCUGGCAAACAAACUUGCUAGUGAUGGGAACAGAGAGGCUGUCACAGAGAAUGCAGAAGUGGAUUGGUGCUCUUUCAACAAAUGUUUUUCUGAUCAUGCAUCUGAGGAUAGUACUUUAUUCGGCAGUGAGCACUGGGCUUCUGUGUACUUAGCAAGUACUCCACAGCAAGCGGCAGUGAUGGGGCUCAAAUUUCCUGGAGUUGAUGAGGUGGAGGAGAUCGAUGAUAUUGAUGGCAAUUCAAGUGAUCCAUUUGUUGCAGAUGCCAUAGCGAAUGAAAGAGCCGUGGAUCUUUCUGAAGAACAGAAGAAAAAAUUUAAAAAGGUGAAAGAGGAAGAUGAUGCAAAUAUAGAUCGGAAGCUUCAACUUCAUUUGAAACGUAGGAGAUAUAGAAAGAGAAGUACACAGGAAACCAUUCAGAAAGAAGAUCGGUUGGCAGAAAACAUCUUAGACAAUUCUGUGCUUUUGAAUGACUACUCUCAGGCUGUUUUGAGAGAGAAAACUCGUGGGGACGGGGUAAGUAUAUCUAAUAAUAAUGAUGAUGGUGCAUGUCAAAGUUCGAAAACUGAGGUGUCGGAAAGUCUUGAAAUGCCUGACACUCUUGACAAAGAAAGGCCUGCAAGUAAUGGCAAUUCUUCGGUGCUUUCUGGCUCUGUUUUGCCUGAUUCAACUGAAACCAAAGGAUUCAAGCGUUCACAUGACAAUGGGGAACUUGAUGUUGAUAAUAAGAGGUUUCGGACUGUUAUCAUAGAUAGUGAUGAUGAAACUCAUGAGGUGGGCAAUGUAUCCAAUUCUCUUGUUAACAAUAUGACUAAGAUGGAGGGUCAGUCUGUUUUGCAAGAAACUGAAGGUGAUUUUGUUGGUUCUGGUUCUCUUCCUUCAAAGCAUAUGAAUGGGAAUUUUCACUGCACUGCUUGUAAUAAAGUGGCUAUUGAAGUGCACUGUCAUCCUCUUCUGAAAGUAAUCAUCUGUGGGGAUUGCAAAUGUUUAAUUGAGAGAAAGAUGCAUGUUAAGGAUCCUGAUUGCUCUGAGUGUUAUUGUGGAUGGUGUGGACGGAGCAAUGACUUGGUAGGUUGUAAGUCAUGUAAAACAUUAUUCUGUAUUACGUGUAUAAAGAGGAACAUCGGCGAAGAAUGCUUGUCAGAUGUCAAAGCAAGUGGCUGGCAAUGUUGUUGCUGCUCUCCAAGUCUUCUGCAACAAUUGACUUCGGAGUUAGAAAAAGCCAUUGGAUCUAGUAGUCUGACAGUUUCUAGCUCUGAUAGUGAUUCAGAUGAUUCAGAUGAAGAUAUCAAUGUUGCAAUCAGCUCCAAACGAAGAAGGAAAAAGAAAAUUCGGAGGAUUCUUGAUGAUGCUGAGUUAGGGGAAGAGACCAAAAGAAAAAUUGCAAUCGAAAAGGAACGGCAAGAACGUCUCAAGUCUCUACAAGUGCAGUUUUCCGAGAAAUCCAAGAUGAUGAAUGCUGCAAGUUGCAAUGGUAAUUUAUCAGAGGAUACUAGUGUUGAAGUUCUAGGUGAUGCUUCGAAAGGUUAUAUAGUGAAUGUUGUGAGGGAAAAAGGUGAAGAAGCUGUGAGGAUUCCUCCAAGCAUCUCUGCCAAAUUGAAAGUCCAUCAGAUCACAGGGAUACGAUUUAUGUGGGAAAAUAUUAUCCAGUCCAUUAGAAAAGUGAAAUCUGGUGAUAAAGGUCUUGGUUGCAUUCUAGCUCACACCAUGGGGCUUGGUAAAACUUUUCAGGUGAUAGCUUUCUUAUAUACUGCAAUGAGAAGUAUUGACUUAGGAUUAAGAACUGCACUUAUCGUUACACCUGUAAAUGUGCUGCACAAUUGGCGACAGGAGUUCAUAAAAUGGAGACCUUUGGAAUUGAAGCCUCUUCGUGUCUUCAUGUUGGAAGAUGUUUCAAGGGAGAGAAGAGCAGAAUUGCUUGCAAAGUGGAGAGCUAAGGGUGGUGUCUUUUUAAUCGGCUAUAGUGCAUUCAGAAACUUAUCCCUUGGGAAGAAUGUGAAAGAUCGCCAUAUGGCUAGAGAAAUUUGCUAUGCCCUGCAGGAUGGACCAGAUAUACUGGUCUGUGAUGAGGCCCACAUGAUCAAGAACACCAGGGCUGAUACAACUCAAGCCUUGAAACAAGUGAAGUGCCAGAGGCGGAUUGCAUUGACUGGAUCACCUCUUCAAAACAAUCUCAUGGAAUAUUAUUGUAUGGUUGAUUUUGUAAGAGAAGGAUUCCUUGGAAGUAGCCAUGAAUUCCGAAACCGCUUCCAAAAUCCUAUAGAGAAUGGACAACAUAUGAACUCCACAUCAGAUGAUGUAAAAAUAAUGAAUCAGAGGUCUCAUAUCCUCUAUGAACAACUAAAAGGGUUUGUCCAAAGAAUGGACAUGAGUGUGGUCAAGAAUGACUUGCCCCCUAAAACUGUUUUUGUAAUGGCUGUAAAGCUUUCUUCCUUACAACGGAAAUUAUACAAAAGAUUCCUUGAUGUGCAUGGCUUCACAAAUGACAAGGUUUCUAGUGACAAGAUAAGGAAGAGAUGUUUUUUUGCUGGGUAUCAGGCCUUAGCUCAGAUAUGGAACCAUCCUGGGAUCUUGCAAUUGACAAAAGAAGAAAAAGACUAUGCAAGACGUGAAGAUGGUGUUGAGAAUUUUCUUGCAGAUGACAGCUCUAGUGAUGAUAAUAUAGAUUACAAUACUGUUCUUGGAGCAGAGAAGGUGAGGAACAAGAAUGAGAUUCAACAAGGAAAAGUCGAUAGUGGCUUAUAUCAGAAGGGUUGGUGGAAUGAUCUUCUCCAUGAAAAUAAUUAUAAAGAGGUUGAUUACAGUGGCAAAAUGGUUUUGCUGCUUGAUAUCCUAACCAUGUGUGCUGAUGUGGGUGAUAAGGCUCUGGUUUUUAGUCAGAGCUUAUCAACUCUAGAUCUGAUAGAAUAUUAUCUUUCAAAAUUAUCACGGCAAGGGAAGAAAGGGAAAUGUUGGAAGCAAGGAAAAGACUGGUACAGGCUAGAUGGAAGAACAGAGGGCUCUGAAAGGCAAAAGCUAGUAGAGAGAUUUAAUGACCCCUUAAAUAAAAGGGUGAAAUGCACUUUGAUAUCCACCCGAGCUGGAUCUUUGGGAAUCAAUCUUCAUUCUGCUAACCGUGUCAUCAUUGUUGAUGGAUCAUGGAAUCCAACAUAUGAUCUUCAGGCUAUAUAUCGGGCUUGGAGGUAUGGCCAAACUAAGCCAGUGUUUGCUUACCGAUUGAUGGCUCAUGGAACUAUGGAAGAAAAAAUUUAUAAGCGUCAGGUGACAAAGGAAGGCCUUGCUGCCAGGGUGGUCGAUAGACAACAAGUACAUAGGACUAUCUCUAAAGAGGAGAUGUUACAUCUCUUUGAUUUUGGUGAUGAUGAGAACCCUGAUAUUUUACCUGAGAGGGGCAAAGAGGAAGAGCAUACAACCAACCAAAAUAUGACUGGUCAAGUUGGAAAUUCGCUAAAGGAUAAAUUAUCUCUUUCUCAUGGAAGCUGCUCUUCUGACAAGUUAAUGGAAAGUUUACUUGUCAGGCAUUAUCCACGGUGGAUUGCUAACUACCAUGAACAUGAGACCCUUCUGCAAGAGAAUGAAGAGGAGAAGCUAUCAAAAGAGGAGCAAGACAUGGCUUGGGAAGUAUAUCGGAGAACUUUAGAAUGGGAAGAAGUACAGCGAGUACCCCUUGAUGAGUCUACAUUUGAGCGAAAACCAGCUGUUUCAAAUGCAGCCCCCCUUGUAACAGAGAGCAUCAGUCUCUCAGAGACCAAGAUUAGUAGAUUGAGGAAUCAUUUGGUGCAGCGGAAAUGCACCAACCUUUCUCACAUGCUGACUCUUAGAAGUCAGGGCACAAAAGUUGGUUGCAGUACUGUAUGUGGGGAAUGUGCACAAGAAAUAAGCUGGGAGGACCUUAAUAGGGAUGGCAGGGCAGUAAGGUGAGGGUCCUGAGGGACGGUCCUUCCUGUCAUGUAAUCAACUCUGCUUUGUAAAUGGCAGCUCCUGUAAGUUCAAUGUCAUUUUGAACACAUAAUAACAUUCUUUUUGGUAGUUUCUAACCUGUAAAAAUGCUGCCUGUAUAUUUGCGGAAACUGAACUUAUGAUGUAAAAUUUAGGUUUUAUCAACCACAUAUUGAAAUUAUAUGAUAUAAAAGCGAGUGUUUUCUUUGA